UAUAUGUACUUGGUGGCUGAUAACUAAGUGCUCUGUUUUAAAUUAUCUUAUUUAAUAUCAUAAUUAAUGUAUUAAACAUCCAAAGAAUUAUUUGCAAGUUUGGCAUUCGUGUGAAUAGUUGUUUGAUAUGUAAGCAAAAAUUUCAUGUAAUACGGUUAUAUUGUAAAUAAAUAUUUUAUGAAAAAUAAUAUCAUGGCAGAUGGUCAGACUUUGGAUGUCAGGUUUGACGUCAUCGUUGAUGAUUUGGAAGAGCCAUCUAAUGUAUCAGUGAAAGGGGAUGAUAAUCAAACAAUGCUUAACGAUACCCCAUCUGAGGGAAAACAGGAAAACAACAAAAUGGACAAAGAAAAGCCUGAUCUACCCGGUCAAGGUGACGAACGUAGCUCCGAACCACAGGGGCACAGCCUAAGAGUGAUCAUCGCGCGUUUCAGGGCUCAGCCCGGAUUCAGAAUGCGAGUAUUGCACACCAUUUGUUGUGUGUGGAUGUUCAUCACUUUGGGUUGGGUGUUAGGCAUUAUUGGAGCAACUUUUCCGGAGCUACGCCUCAUUAUGGACAAGAAUAUAGAGACUGCGUCAUGGAUAUUUACUGCUGGAUCAUUGGGCUAUCUCCUCGGAUCUUUUGUUUUUGGUCUACUAUUUGAUAGGUUCAACCGACUGUUAAUGUUAUCCACGGUCACUUCGCUCUCAGCCGUUGCAAUAGCAGCAAUGCCAUGGUGCAGCCAGUUUCCACUCAUGGUUGCUAUCAAUCUUGUCAGUGGUUUCUUCACUGGUGGUAUUGACGUCAGCGGGAAUUCCCACAUAGUUUCGAUAUGGGGUACAGACGCCGCACCCUUCAUGCAGACACUUCAUUUCGGGUUUAGCGCAGGGGGUAUGAUUGGUCCACAAACGGCCAAGCCAUUUACCGCGCAGAAAUCCUGUUCACAACUGAACACUGCAGCAACAACUUCGACUAUCUUGCCCUUUACUAAUUCAACCACUUCUUGCGAUGAACAAUAUGGCGACACACAUAUCCAUUACGCGUAUUUAAUUGCUGGUAUUGGAUCCAUUUCUGCAUCACUCCCUUUCCUUGUAUUAUAUUGUUUGUCGCAAAGGUACCAAACAUAUGUAUCUACACCCUUAUUGAAUACAGAAAAACAGGAACAAAAACGCAGGUUGCCUGUACUCGCCAUGCGUAAGCAAAUAGUAUUCCUUGGACUGUUAACGACGUUGAUCAGUAUGUACACAUGCGUUGAGAAUAGGUUCUCGAGUCUUAUUACCACGUUUACGGAUGAAUACCUACAUAUGAACAAGGACGAUAGUCUUGAUUUGGCCACGGUUUUUUGGGCAGCCUUUGCAGCCGGCAGAUUUUGCAGCAUUCCAGUGACUUUCUUCCUGAAAACACGCAAUAUGAUAUUGAUAUAUUUGCUUUUCUUAACGGCCGUUGUCAUCGCACUUCUUAUCGCGUCGGUAUACGAUAUACGUCAACUGAUAUGGACAUGUACCGCUUGCGCGGGUCUUAGCAUGUCAGCCAUUUUUCCGGCAAUAUUUACGUGGACGACCGAAAGCGUUCUGACUGUUACCGGGAAGAUAUCGGCCACAUAUCUUGUCGGUGUGUCCGUGUUCAACAUGGUGUUUCCGCUACUCUAUGGAUUUUUAAUGAAUAACUAUUCGCAGAUGUACUUUGUGUAUUUGCUUCUUGGGCAGUCAGUGUUACUUUUGCCUUUCUAUGUAGCAAUAAGAAUGCUAAUACGAAUUUAUAUUAAGCCUUUCACACAACCGAAAGUAUCUGCAUAAAAUGAGCUUUUCGGAGAGGCAUAAAUGACAUCAAAAGACGUUAAACAGAACUGGAUACAUUCACUAUAUGUAAAAUAAGUUAUAUGUUAAUAAAUUGGUCAUUUACAAUAUAUGCGAUAUGUAUGUAUAUGCAAAUGUAUUAUUAUGGUGUCCGCCUUGCGACCGGGGGGUCACCGUGGGACGUUCUUUAGAUCUCCCCCAAAGACAUCAAGUACUGGUUCUAGGCCCAGGAAACGGACUCUAGAGCGUUUAUAUAAGGCUAAGGCUUUCGACGCAAUCGAGCUAAAAUAAAUAGGUUUAAAUUAAACUAAAUGUAUUAUCUGUUUUGAAAAGAAGGUAAAUGUAUUCGCAUCCAUGGCGUUACUUAAUUGUUUUAGGUGUACUUAUUUAUUCACGAACAGUCAAAACAUAAUGUCAGAGUUGUAGAUAAAAACAGAAGGAUUGCCUUAAUUUACCGACAUAAUAUCAAAGUGAUCAAAUAUCAAAUUGAAGAAACAACAAACUUCAUAUUCAUUUGAGAGAUUUUCUUGACUGAAUAAUAAUAUUUCAUAUUCUGACAAUUGAUUACAUAAUGUAAAACACAAUAUACACAUAUGCAUACAUGUAUAUUUCAAAAUAUAUAGAGGAAAGAAAUACAUUUGUUGUUAAAAUAUGUUUAUUUCGUGACUAUUUGUAAUAUAACUGAUUAUCGUUGGAAGGAAUAAAUCAUUUAUAAAUAAAACAAGUAUAACGCGUAAAAACAUAUAUAUAAACAUACAUAUUCGGAAUUUUUAUUUCAAUAUGACUGAAUAUCCCAUGCUUCAUUGGAAUCGUCACGGAGUGUUCUUUACGACGUUUAACCAUUGUGUUACUGGUAUAUAAACCCAUGAACUAUUAUUUUUCAAACGCGCAAGGAAAACAUUGUGCUAUCAAUACUUACAUGUAUGAAAUAACGUUGAAGAACAAAUAUUCCAUGUAAUCAAAAAAGAUUCCUUAGACCUUAUACAUAUCCUAGAUAAACAACAAACACACCGAUUUAAAUUGAAAAUACAUCUUGUAUUUGGGUAUAUGCGUACGACCAGCUGACACAUGUAUAACGCAUGACAUUAAACAAAUGUGAACACUUCACAUUUUGGCAUAGAUAUAAACCACAAUGUUAACUAACGCUCAUAUAGUUUACACAGAAAACAGAUUAUAUUUCUGCAGAUAAUCAUUUUCAUGAGAAAACUUGUCAAUAUUUAAUAUCCAAUAAAUUAUAAGAACUAUU